CCCAGGGUGGAAGCAGCAGCUGAAAGUCUGUUAUGUUUCUGGUAGGUUGGGCUAUAGCUUCUUUUUGCAUGAACACACUUGGAACAUUCACAACUGACUUCUAACAAACGAAAUGAAUUGGAAAUUGAAAGGAAAUUGCAAGUCACAGUCAUGUUACACUGCACUGAGCAGACCACGGUGAUUCACUUAAUGACACAAGUAGAACAAAUGUAAGUUGGCAUGGUUAAAUGAUGGCAUAGUUAAUGAUCACGCCGUUUAGGAAUGGACUUGCUGGUCCCAAUGGCUUUCGGUAAGUGAGGAUUACCUGAAUUGGGUUGAAUUUGUGAUUGAUCUAAGUCAACAAGUAAAUUGAGUGGGUAUUUGAACUUAGAUCUCACUAGACAUGCAUAUUGAAAAUGAAUCAUACUUAAUGUAAGUGGUUAAAAUAGCAUUUUGGCAUCUUUGGCAUAUUUUGGCAUGUAAUAUACAUGCUUUUUGUUUUUGUUUAUUUCAAAUGUUGUAUAGCCAUUAUGUAAAAAACAAUUAAAGUAACCCUUUUAUGUGAAUCUUACAGGCAAAAGAAUGCCAUAGAGAGCACUGUGGAGAACUGAAAAUCACAGGCAGCAUUAAAAUGCAAAGCAAACCAAGGCAGCAAUCAAAAUCUUUUUACUUCCUCCGGAAAACUCCAAAACUCUUCUUCUUCCCCAGCAGGUGACAUACAAGGAAGAGAAAACUAGGAAAUGAGUUUUGAGCUAGACAAAAUAGAGUAUGUGGAAGAAACAUAUCAAAAUAUCAAGAGGGAUCAUUUCAUAGUUCAGAAAAAGAGGGAAAUAGCUGAAAGUCAGUAGAAAGGAAAAAGGUCACUUGGAUAGCCACAUAAGGCAGAUCAGAAUACAGGCUUCACCCGGUGAGGAAACAAAUAGUAGCUUGAAUCAAAGCUCCAUCCAACAAGGAAUUCAGAGUAUUUUUGAUGUCCUUAAGAAUCCAAGAAUGUCAGUGGUGGAAAAGAUCCACAGAUGUGCCUAUUGUGGGGAAAGUGCAGAUUGUAGAUCACAGCUGAUUAUGCAUGAGAGGAUCCACACUGGAGAAAAGCCAUAUCAAUCCUCCCAAUACAGCAGAAGCUUUGGUCAGAAUAGCUUCCCAGUUGUUCAUGAGAGGACUACUCCCACCAAAGAGGAGCCAUACCAGUGCUCACGAUGCAGCAAAAGCUCUAGUGAGCAGGGCAAGCUGAUAAUACACCAGAGGACUCAUACUGUGGAGAAACCGUUUGAGUGUCCAGAUUGUGGGAAAGGUUUCAGUCAAAAUUCCUACCUGGUGAUACACAAGAGGAUUCAUACUGGGGAGAAACCUUAUAAGUGUCUGGUUUGUGAGAAAAGUUUCAAUCGGAAUUUUGAACUGGUGAUACACCAGAGGACUCACACAGGAGAGAAACCAUAUGAAUGCCCAGCUUGUGGAAAAAGUUUCAGUCAGAAUUCCAACCUGGUGAUACACCAGACAACACACACAGGAGAGAAACCAUAUGAAUGUCCAGUUUGUGGGAAAAAAUUUCGUCGGAAUUCCCACAUGAUGAUACACCAGAAGACUCACACAGGAGAGAAACCGUAUGAGUGUCCAGAUUGUGGAAUAAGUUUCAGCCAGAAUUCUGAUUUGGUGAGACACCAGAGAAUUCACACAGGAGAGAAACCAUAUGAAUGUCCAGACUGUGGGAAAAAUUUCAGUCGAAAUUCCAGCCUGGCAAUACACCAGAGGACUCACACAGGAGAGAAAGCAUAUGAGUGUCCAGAAUGUGGGAAAAGUUUCAGUCAGAAUUCUCAUCUGAUGACACACAAGAAGAUUCAUAAAGGAGAGAAACCAUAUGAGUGUAGAGAUUGCGGGAAAAGAUUCUUUCGGAAUUCAGACCUGGUGAUACACGAGAGAAGUCACACAGGAGAGAAACCAUAUGAGUGUCCAGAUUGUGGGAAAGAUUUUAGCACUAGGUCUAGUCUUAUAAAUCAUGUAGGUAUACAUACAGGGGAGAAACCAUUCAAAUGCCUGGAAUGUGGACGGUGUUUCACAAAAAAUUCUUCCCUUACUGCGCACAAGAAAAUCCACAUGAUGCAGGAAAUGAUAAGUUUAGAGAAGUCUUGAAAUUCAUUUCUAGUAUCCUAGUCAAGAUGAAAAACUGAUUACUGACUCUGUGGCCUGAUUCUUUUAGCCAAAUGUCCCAUAUCAAAGAUGAAUGCAA